UGACUGCGCUCACUCGGCCCUGCUCCGCCCAGGACCACCCUGAAACUCUUGCAGCAGCUGCCCUGCGCCCUCCCUCAGAGGUCCUCGGGCCUGGGGUCUCCUGGGACAUGGCCUCAGCCACUGCGUCCUUAGCAAGGACGGCCCUUGGCGGGGCCUCUUCGCUCUUCCUGCGGCGCGGCUAUCAGACGGAAAGGGGUGUCUACGGCUGCCCUCCAAGCAAAACCCAGAGCCAGGAGCCCCGGGGUGGCCCGGCACGCACCUCAGUUGAUCAUGGCCUUGCUAGGUUGGUGACAGCCUACUGUGAGCAUGGUCAUAAAGCUGCUCAAAUCAACCCCCUCCUUGCUGGACACACCCCUCCAGACAGUGUGCCUGAGAUCCAGGCCCUUGUGCAGACCCUACAAGGCCCCUUCCGCACCACAGGAUUAUUGAACAUGGGGAGGGAGGAGGCCUCUCUUGAGGAAGUAUUAACCUAUCUCAGCCAAAUCUACUGUGGACCAAUUUCUGUUGAAACUGCCCAACUUCAGAGCCAGGAGGAGAAAGACUGGUUUGCCAAGAGGUUUGAAGAGCUGAAAAAGGAAAUAUUUACCCCAGAAGAGAGAAAACAUCUAUCAAAACUAAUGCUAGAAUCUCAGGAGUUUGAUCACUUCUUAGCCACCAAGUUUGCCACGGUGAAGCGUUAUGGAGGCGAAGGGGCUGAAAGCAUGAUGGGCUUCUUCCACGAGCUGCUGAAAGCAUCAGCAUACAGUGGAGUAACCGAUGUCAUCAUUGGGAUGCCCCAUAGAGGGAGGCUGAAUCUGCUGGCAGGCCUUCUUCAUUUGCCUCCUGAGCUAAUGUUCCGGAAAAUGCGAGGCUUAAGCGAAUUUCCAGAACAUUCGUUGGCCACUGGAGAUGUCCUGUCUCACCUGACCUCCUCUGUGGAUCUGGACUUUGGAACCCAUCAUCCACUCCACGUGACAAUGCUGCCUAAUCCCUCACACCUUGAGGCUGUUAACCCUGUGGCUGUUGGGAAAACCCGGAGCCGGCAACAGUCUCGCCAGGAUGGGGAUUACUCUGUAGAUGGCUCUGCUAGGCCAGGAGACAAAGUUAUUUGCCUGCAGGUUCAUGGUGAUGCUUCUUUCUGUGGUCAAGGAAUUGUUCUUGAAACAUUUACCCUAUCUAAUCUUCCACACUUCAGAAUUGGUGGGAGCAUCCAUUUGAUUGUCAAUAACCAGCUGGGCUACACCACUCCAGCAGAAAGAGGAAGGUCUUCUUUGUACUGUAGUGAUAUUGGGAAGCUUGUGGGCUGUGCCAUCAUCCAUGUUAAUGGAGAUAAGCCAGAGGAAGUGGUCCAGGCUGCACAGCUGGCUUUUGAAUAUCAGCGCCAAUUCCGCAAGGAUGUGAUCGUUGACUUGCUGUGCUAUAGGCAGUGGGGCCACAAUGAGCUGGAUGAACCUUUCUUCACUAACCCAGCUAUGUACAAAAUCAUCAGAUCCCGAAAGAGCAUCCCAGACACAUACGCAGAACACCUCAUUGCCAAUGGACUCAUGACCCAAGAGGAGGUGUCUCAAAUAAAAGCCUCCUACUAUGCCAAGCUAAAUGACCAUUUGACCAACACGGCCCACUACAGCCCCCCAGCCACCAACCUGCAGGCCCACUGGCAGGGCCUGGCCCAGCCAGCAGCACGUAUCACCAUCUGGAACACGGGUGUGCCCCUUGACCUCCUGCGCUUCAUUGGUGCCAAGUCUGUGAAAGUGCCCGGGGAGCUACAAAUGCACAGCAACCUUCUCAAGAUAUAUGUUCAGUCCAGAAUGGAGAAAGUGACAAAUGGGACAAAUUUAGACUGGGCCACAGCAGAAGCCCUUGCCUUGGGCUCUUUACUCACUCAAGGUUUUAAUGUCCGUCUGAGUGGCCAAGAUGUUGGCCGUGGUACUUUCAGUCAAAGGCAUGCAAUGGUGGUUUGCCAGAAGACCAGUGAUGCCUACAUCCCUCUGAACCACAUGGACCCUAAUCAGAAGGGAUUUCUGGAGGUCAGCAACAGUCCCCUGUCAGAAGAGGCUGUUCUGGGAUUUGAAUAUGGGAUGAGCAUUGAAAGCCCAAAGUUACUGCCCAUCUGGGAGGCCCAGUUUGGUGAUUUCUUCAAUGGAGCCCAGAUCAUCUUUGACACAUUCAUCUCUGGAGGAGAAGCCAAGUGGCUCCUGCAGAGUGGCAUUGUUGUCCUCCUUCCUCAUGGCUAUGAUGGGGCUGGCCCAGACCACUCAUCCUGUCGAAUAGAGAGGUUCUUGCAGCUGUGUGACAGCAAAGAAGAGGGAGUGGAUGGCGACACUGUGAACAUGUUUGUGGUGCACCCCACAACUCCCGCCCAGUAUUUCCACUUGCUUAGAAGACAAAUGGUGCGGGACUUCAGAAAGCCCCUCAUUGUUGCUUCUCCCAAGAUAUUGCUCCGGCUCCCUGCAGCUGUGUCAACUCUUCAAGAAAUGGCCCCAGGAACAACAUUCAGACCUGUCAUUGGUGACCCAUCUGUGGAUCCAAAACAUGUCAAGACUCUUGUGUUCUGCUGUGGCAAACAUUUCUAUGCUUUGCUGAAGCAAAGAGAAUCUUUGGGGCCCAGGAAGCAUGAGUUUGCCAUCAUCCGCAUAGAAGAACUCUGCCCUUUCCCACUGGAUUCAUUACAACAAGAGAUGAGCAAAUACAAGCAUGUUAAAGAUUUUAUCUGGAGCCAGGAAGAACCACAGAACAUGGGUCCAUGGGUUUUUGUUUCUCCAAGAUUUGAAAAGCAACUGGCCUGCAAGACAGCUCCAUCUCGUGAGCCGCCCACCCUUGCCAGCACCCGCGGUAGGAAUUGGCACAGUACACCAGCAGCAGCACGAAGACACGCUCACCAAGACCUUCACUCAAUGAAGACCUCUGAAGAAGGACUACUGAUAGGAAAACUGCAAGAGACCAAGGCCUGUUCCCCUGCUCUGUCCCCUUCCCCUUGGGAAACACAAAAACUCUGUCUUUAAGAUGUUGAGAUAGGAGCAAUACACAGGAGAGUUGAUUACAAAUCCAUAAAUCAAACUAGUAAAUAUUCUCCUUUAAAGAAGAACAGCAGUGUGUUUUGUUUAGAUCUGAAUGAGCUGGAGAACUAGGUCAUUAGCCUGAUGAUUCCAGGGUCCACUGGAAUGAACCACACGUGACCCAGAAAAGUUCUUAGCCAGAACUUAGACUACUGUAUAGAUGAUCUCAUCACUGCUGCUGUAUUUUUGAUGUGUGUCACUUUCAUUAAUUUUUUUUCAAAGUCUUGUGGCUACCAAUGUCUUCAUUUUAUGUCCUCUCUGGUGCUGGUUUUCAGGCACUGUACUAAAUGUUCUACCCAACAUUGGCAAAACUAGGUUAUCCAUGAUGUAUAUACUGAUCUUAAAAUUAGGUCAUAUUGUGAUAGAAAAUUUUAAAAAUUAAGAAUCAACUAAUAGUAUGAAACCAU